ACAUGCUUAUCGACAUAACGCUUUUCUGAAACAGGAUGGCUAUCACAGUCGAGUACGUUCCAGAAGAAGAUACUCUUGCCAUUGUGACUAUUAAGGAAACUCAAUCGGCGAGUUUAAGAACUACAAAUGCUAUUCUGAUCGCCGCUUUAUUGGUUUCUUCUUAUUUUCUCAAUGUAUUGUUUAUUGUUGCAGUGCUUAUAACGAAAUCUUUUCGAACUACAAUAUACCUAAUGUACUGCCACCUAAGCUUUGUGAAUAUCAUCGAUCUCUCCUUCAAUAUAUUUUUUGCACUCAUUUUUGUGGCUAACGGAAACUGGAACAUGAGCAAUGGCUGGUGCACAUUUAAUGUUGCGAUUCAAGAGUUUGUACAUCUUCACACGCUUUUUGUUCUGAUGAUUAUUGGAGCUGAAAGAGCACUCGGUAUUAUUCUUGGUCCAGAAUACGUCACACAUGGACACAAAUAUCUCAGCGGAUUGCGAAUAACAGGAGUUAGCACAAUUUUGAGUUUUGUCUCAAUUUCAUUUGCCUCGGCUGUUUUCAUGAAUGUUAUUCCCACAAAGCCAUUUCGCAAUCGUUAUGUUUGUGGAAUAGACGGUGGUGGUCCAAUCGGAUAUGUGAUUGCUCGGCUUGUUGUCUAUUUUGGAUGUCUAGCAGUGAUUCUGGUAGCUUGUGGAGCAAUUCUUCAGAAACGCACCGCCGCCUCCAUAUCACCAAACACGCAGGAGUAUGCUGAAUUUAUAAAAAGGAACAGAGCAAUGCAAGAGCAUCGCAGUCGUGGGAAGCUGAUGAUUCUGAUCACGUGUGUAUUUUUAUGCAUAGAAGGUCCAUAUAUCACCAUGUGCUUCUUCUAUGAAAGUUAUAACAGCCGCGAAUUUUCCGAAGUGAGCAUCGAGUAUCCUCAGGACGCUGACACUUUGAUCACUUGGCUGAAAUUUGUGUUUCCGCUCAUCUGUCCAAUAAUCAUGCUCAGCUGGUGCAAUGAUGUGUGGACAAAAGUGAAAGAAGUGAUGUGUUGUAGAUCCUAUGACCCACCCACUAUUGGUCACAUGCCUGGCUACAGAGAUAACUCUGAUGUAUCACCAGCAUCAAGUGUCAUGACGGUUGUCGGAGGAGAGAAUGGCCCAAGAAUCAAAUCCGAAGCUUCUCCGAGCUACCAACUAAGACCGAACUGGAACCCAUCUCCAUCUGUGACAAGUUAUGAAAGCGACCCUCCAAGUUCAGUGACUCAAGAGACAAAUCUUCCUAUUACGAGUAUCCCACCAGUAUCAGUGCCAGCAUCAGCCAACUGUACUCCGUCUCCCAGUGAGACGCCCAAACCAAGAGCACAGGACGCUGGAAAAGCUCGAUCAAGUGUUCCAUCGAAGAUUCCUAGGCAGAUUCCACAGUUUAAGACAAAGCGAAAUAAUUCGAAAACUAAAAGGCCACAUGCUCCUGGAGGGAAAGCCAUGUGAAAAAACUUUGAUUCGAUAAUUACAAUUUUUAAAUAUUUGGAAAAAAAUGUGUAUUUACAAUGAAACUUUGUCAUAAAAACUUUCAUAGGAAGUAUGAAUGAAGUUGCAAUAGAUA